GCCGGCGAAGAUGAUGGCCGUGGCUCCCGGGGCUCGGCCCCUCUGCUGCCCGCUCUCGGCCUUGUUUUGCGGCUUGGUCUUAGCUCUCUCGCCCGUGGUCGAGGGAGUGCCGGAGCCCGGUUUGUGGCGUCGCGUGGUUGGGCCGAACUACAAGCCGCUGGUGUUUACAAAAACAAUGUUUAACAAAACUGAAGUAACACUUCGAGUAGUUUCAUUCAAUUGUCCUGAAAACAUAACAUUAACAGUUGAAUGGUACCUCAGAUACUACCCCUGCCACAAUGAAUUUUCUAAUGUUGAUGAUAUAUACGAAAAUAAAUUUUCUGGAGGGAAUGUUGCUAAUAGCCUUGAGCCUCGCCCAUUCAGUAAAGGACAUUACAUUGAAUAUAGAUCUAAAAACAUCAUUUGUAAUGAUGGAAUUCAAGUCUUCACUAAAUUUCCUAAAAUCCAAGAACUUCCUCGACCUGUGAUGAUGCAGAUUCCAAAUGCAGAUGAGAUCACAAAGACAAAAGACUCGAGUGUCAAGUCCACCAGCAACCUUCAUAAACCUGAAGGACCUAAGGCAGUUCAUUCCUUGUGGAAAAGAGAGACAGAUACAACUGGAAAGUAUGCAGUGGUAGCAGAAACUUGGAGAGAAGGUCCAUAUCUUUUUGCAGUUUCUAUCAAAUCCACGCAAGGAACAGAGAGCAAUUGGAAUGUAACAGUUUUGGUAUCAAUGCAAGGCUCCCAUGGAUUUAUUUCGGCAUCGGAAUUUCCACUGAUGAUUUUUUACAUGGUGAUGUGCAUCAUUUAUAUAUUAUAUGGUGUCUUGUGGCUGAUCUGGUCUGCAUGCUACUGGAAGGAUUUAUUGAGGAUCCAGUUUUGGAUUGCUGCAGUUAUAUGUCUCGGGAUGCUGGAAAAAGCAGUUUUCUAUGCAGAAUACCAGAAUGUUAACACUAGUGGAAUAUCGGCACAAGGUCUCCUUGUCUUUGCAGAACUUAUUUCUGCAGUGAAACGAACGUUGGCUCGACUACUUGUGAUCAUUGUAAGCUUGGGAUAUGGAAUAGUUAAACCUCGAUUGGGCACCGUAAUGCACAGAGUAAUUGGCUUGGGAGUUCUCUACCUGAUUUUUGCAGCCAUUGAAGGAGUCUUGAGAAUUACUGGGGAUCCAAGAAGUGUUACAGUCAUGGUGGCCGAGAUAGUUUUAGCAUUAAUUGAUUCCUGUUUUGUGUGGUUCAUAUUUGUCAGCCUGGCUCAAACAAUUAAAACUCUGAAAUUAAGGAAAAAUGUUGUGAAAUUAUCAUUGUACAGACACUUUACAAAUACCUUAAUUUUGGCAAUUCUAGCAUCAGUUGGGUUUAUGAUAUGGACAACAAAAAAGUUCAGAUUGGCAGUAUGUCAGUCAGAUUGGAUGGAGUUGUGGGUUGAUGAUGCUGUAUGGAGACUCCUUUUUUCUGUCAUUCUUUUAGUCAUCAUGAUUCUCUGGAGACCAUCAGCAAAUAACCAGAGAUAUGCCUUCACUCCUCUUAUUGAUGACCCAGAUGAUGAAAUGGAGGAAUUCAUGGUGGGAGAAAAUUUUGCUGAUGGAAUAAAGCUGAGGGCAUCCAAAGUGGAGAAUGGCACAGGAAAACCAGCCUCUAAUUUGGAUGAAGAUUUGAAAUGGGUGGAAGAAAACAUUCCUUCUAUUACAGAUGUGGCACUCCCCGUGUUACUGGAUUCAGAUGAAGAAAUAAUGACAACUAAAUUUGAAAUGUCAAAGAUGGAAUGAAGUUUGUAUCCAACGUUUAUAUUUUACUGUGAACUGAACUAUUGAUGCUGUUCAACCAUCCGCUAAUGAUAUGAUCUGAAAGGCAAUGAGUCAUGAAGUAUAAAGAACUGGAAUCAAACAGAGGCACUGUCACAGAUAAGAACACCCUUGUGUUUUGUUUCCUUUUUACGUGCAAUUUUUACUUGCUCAUUUUUCAGUUUGUUUUUAAAAUCUAAAUAUGUGUGCAGGGUGCUCAGGUGUGCGUGGUAGGCAGAGUGGAAAUAUGCAGUGAUAAGCAAGGCUCUAACUCCAAACAGGAUUUUGUUAAGAUUACAAAAUUGUAUUUUCCAAUUUUUUAAAAACAAAUACUGGUUGAUGCAAAUUCAGAAUAUUGUCUUUGAGGAAUACGUUUUCAUUUAGAAAGCCACAAAUGUCAUUUUGUCCCCCAUAACUAUAAUCUAUUCAACAAAGAGAUGAUUGCUUUCUCAAAAUGUUCAGUCUAAUUUUCCUGAAACUUUGUUUUUUACAGAACUGCAGUUAAAGAUGGGGUUGAUUCUCAUAUUGGACACUUUUUAUAUAAAGAACACAACAUGAAUAAAUAAGGUUUUUUUUGGUGGAAACCCAUUCAUUUAGAGACUUUUUUUAAAAAAUCUAACUAAAAAUUAUAUUAAUUAUGAUAAAUCAGUAAGACAGUUUAGUCAGUUUAACUGAGAUCUGGAGAAAUGUUUUAUUUCCAUGGAACGAGGGAAGGUUCCUGAUUAAAGUACAUAAUAUUUUUUCAAAGAAUCAUUAAAAAGAAACAUGUAAGAAGUUGUACAGUAUUGUGAAUGACCAAAUUAAUAAGUUUUACAGUAAACUAAAUUAGAGAUUCUCUAUAAAAUGAUAGAAUAUUUUGCAACUUGUGGAUUUUAUUUCAUUUGGUAUCCUUGAGUGUUUUCUAUACUUUAUACACUUAAAAGUUGUUCUUUGUUUGAAAAAUAAGGCUUGUUGUAAAGACAUGCUUAGGAAUAGAUUGUUCUGUGUUCAUUAUGGAGAUGCUAAUUUUUUUUUGCACAUUUGCUGAUGGCACAAAAAAGUGGCCAAACUGCUUCUCUUGAAGAUCUUUGUCUCUUUUCCUUCUACAGAGGUAGUAUCCCACAGGCACCACUUGCCCUCCGGGACUUUGUCCAAGUAGUCAUUGUGCAUGUCUGAGUCAUUGCAGUGAGAAACAUCAUCAGACGGCUAUUUGACUGUAAGGUACAUUGCAGCUGAGCCUGAUUUCUGUCCUCACAAUGACAACAUGUGCUGAGUGUAGCAAAGAUCUCUAGAUAGUUACCAAAACCCUGACUUUUUUAUUUCACUCACAACCCAUGAUACUGCCUAAUUCUAUUGCUCCAUGUGAGGUAAGUUAGAUGAGCACAGCGCCUGCUGCCCUGGCUCAGCUACAUCACGUACAAACUCCGUGAGCUGUCGGGGGAGCUUGUCAUAAGGGUUUUAUUACAUGAGAAAAGGAACCCAGUGGAGGGUUAACUAUUCUGUAGCUGUUAUCAGAUGUGGCCGUGAGAAUGGAAUCUUCUCGCUCUUUCCAACUUGUAUCUGUUCUGCACAAAUGACUGUUAAUGGAGCUUUGACCUAUUGACACUGACCUUAUUAUUUGAUUUACUCUUUUGUUUGAAGUUGCUUUUGUUUCUGAUCUUUUAUGCAUCACCAAUAGUUCCACAUAUUUUCUGUAAUUAUGCGUUUUGAAAUUUAACGCAAUGCCCUCUUUUCAGGAUAUGAAAAGCUUGACAUUUGUACAAUUAUUUGGAGAGGUUGAGUAACUUUAUUAUAAAUUAUUUGGCAAUAA